AACAGUGAAACUAAAACAGCUGUUGCAUGUUAUCGAUACUCUGCUCUGGCACAUUACUGACUUGGUAGAUAAUGCUCCAUUGGCCAUAGUUGGGUUAUUAGCUUUAAUUGUGAAAUUGUAAAAUUGUUUAGCCUAGUUACCGAAAUUCUGUAGACAUGGACGAAUUGUCACGGCAAUGUAUGGAAGACUGGCAUCUACGACCGCCAAGCGAUGCGCGCACAACGAAUGUACAGGCGCCACCAAAAUCGGUGCCAGACAACAAAUCCCGCAAAACGGAGUUGCACGUGCUGCGACUCAGUGAUGAGUCACAACAACUGACAAUGGACACAUUGCGAUCCAUACACGGCCCGGACUUUAAGCUCGAUGAUAUUGCCAAAUACAAGGAUCGGGGGCGUGGCGGGAAAGGUAUUAAACAUGCCUACUGGGAGGAUCGCGGCACACUCCAAGUGCAAAGUGUUCAAGGUGUCAGUGCGGCGAACAGCAGCACAGCCGAUGCCGAUCGUUUGCGUCGCUAUGCAUUGCUCAAGCUGGAGAACUAUGGCUUCCAUCCUGUUCACUGCCUGGAGGCGUAUGAGCACUGCUCACACGACACGGAAGCUGCGCUGCUGAUGCUCUACGAACGCUAUAUGCAAGUGCCCUCCGAUGCAACACUGGAGCUAGAGCCCCCCGAUGAGGCAACUCUGCUGGACAUGCGUGCCGACGAAAAAGAGGCACUGCAGUCAAUCUACGACAACGCAUAUGAGGAGCGUGAAUAUAAUAGCGUUUGGAAUCUAAAGUUUAAGAUUGAACAUCUGCUGGCGCACAGCCCAUCGGAAGUGCGAAAGGCACGUGAAGCGGCACUGGCGGCAGUCGCUGCCGUUCGCCAAGCGGCCUUGGACAAGAAGAAGAAGGCGCCUCAACGUUGUCGCAAUUUUGAUCGUGAUGGCACCUGUAAAUUUGGACCCAAAUGCCGAUUUGCGCAUGUGCCACCACAGCCAGAAGGGAUGGGCACACCAGAGCGCAAGCGUGCCGACAAUCUGGAUGAGAAUGAGAAUGAGCUGUGGUUCCAUGUGGAGGUGCGCUUUCCACCUGGCAGUCGCUAUCCGUACGAAGCGCCAUACAUCUACCUCAAGACCACCUGCCACGAUAUACCGCAUGAGCUGCGCCUGCGAUACGCUCGGCACUUGUACCGGCAGGCGCGCGAGAUUUGUCGAGAUGGAAUUCCUUGCAUCUAUUGUGUAUGCGAGAUGCUGCAGACGGAUGAGGGUCUAGCCGGCAGCCUGGACACCGCCCGCUUUCCCUCGCCCAAGCACUCGCUCUUCUACGAUGAGCCGGCAAAUGGCGCUGAUCUGGAUGCCAAUGAGGGGGCAGCGGCAAAGCCACGUCCCAGCCACUACGAACGCGGACAGACGGCGCGUAAUGAUGGCGGCACCCAUCAACGAAAUGCCACGGAAUUGGCCCGUGAGAAUCGCCGCCUGUUGCAGCUGUUCAACGAACGACGACGCGACGAUCGCUAUCACAAGUUGAUCGAAGCUCGCCGGAAGCUGCCUGCCUUCGCCGAAAUGGAGCACAUAUUGGCGCUCAUUGAGAACAAUCAGGUGGUUGUCAUCUCGGGUGAAACCGGCUGUGGCAAGAGCACACAAGUGCCGCAGUUCAUAUUGGACAAUUGGUUCUUCCGAGGCACCCAAUUGCCACCCAAAACGGAUAUGCCACAUGUGGAAAUACUCUGUACGCAACCGCGUCGCCUUUCAGCAAUCGGUGUGGCUGAACGUGUGGCGGCUGAGCGUCUAGAUCGCAUAGGCCAACUGGUUGGCUAUCAGAUACGACUCGAGAACAAGAUCUCGGCCAGCACCAGAUUGAGCUUCUGCACCACUGGCAUACUGUUGCGACGCCUAGCCUCCGAUCCGCUGCUCAGCAAUGUUAGUCAUGUCAUUGUGGAUGAAGUGCAUGAACGAUCGCAGGAUUCGGAUUUCCUGCUCCUCAUACUUAAGAAUAUAUUGCAUGAACGCAAGGAUCUUAAAGUGAUACUCAUGUCUGCCACAUUGAAUGCGUCGCUCUUUUCCAAUUACUUUGGCGGCGCACCUGUUCUGGAUAUACCGGGACGUACGUUUCCUGUGCAACAGCUCUUCCUUGAGGAUAUAUUGGAUGCUAGUGACUUUGUUAUGGAAUGCGAUACGAAAUAUUGUCGAAAGCUCAAAAAGAAGGAACAGGAGGUGCUGGAACAUGUGUUAGAAUUUUCUGAUCUCCAGGCCAGUGGUGAACCGCCUGGCAAAAAGAUCAAGGACGAGAAUCUAACUCUAGCCGAGAUAUAUGCUCGCUAUUCGGACUAUAGCAAGACGACAUGCAAGAGCAUCUACCUCAUGGAGCCAAUGAUGGUUAAUCCAGAUCUAAUUGAGUCCGUGCUUAAGUACAUUGUAGAGGGCGAGCAUGAGUGGCCACAUGAGGGCAGCAUCCUCAUCUUUCUGCCAGGCUUCCAGGAGAUACAAACGGUGCACAAUGCGCUGCUGGACAGUGCAAUGUUUGCUCCCCGCUCAGGCAAAUAUGUGCUCGUUCCAUUACAUUCAGCCUUGUCCAGCGAAGAUCAGGCGCUGGUCUUCAAGCGUGCACCGGCGGGGAAACGAAAAAUUGUGCUUAGCACGAAUAUAGCCGAAACAUCUGUUACCAUCGAUGACUGUGUCUUCGUCAUCGACUGUGGCCUCAUGAAGGAGAAGGGCUUCGACUCGAAUCGCAAUAUGGAGUCGUUAGAUCUGGUCUGGGUAUCGCGCGCCAAUGCCAAGCAGCGCAAAGGUCGAGCCGGUCGUGUCAUGCCUGGUGUCUGCAUCCAUUUGUAUACCAGUUAUCGCUAUCAACAUCAUAUACUGGGCCAGCCGGUGCCCGAGAUACAGCGCGUGCCGCUCGAGCAGAUUGUGUUGCGUAUCAAGACGCUGCAAACGUUCGCCUCGCGCAACACCCUCUCCGUUCUGCUCGAAACAUUGGAGGCGCCCAAGGAGGAGAGCGUGCUGGGCGCGUUAAUGCGAUUGCGCGAUGUCGGCGCCUUGGACAUUGAUGAUCAGCUAACGCCACUCGGUCAUCAUUUGGCCGCGUUGCCCGUGGAUGUGCGCAUUGGCAAACUGAUGUUAUAUGGCGCCAUCUUCCAGUGCCUGGACAGCGUACUAACCAUCGCCGCCUGCCUGAGCAACAAAUCGCCCUUUGUCAGUCCCCUGAACAAACGCGUCGAAGCUGACAAACGCAAGCGACAAUUUGCGCUCGAUCACAGCGACCAUCUCACUGUGCUGAAUGCUUAUCGAAAAUGGCUCGCUGUGGCGAAACGUGGACACUAUGGAGCCAGCCGAAAUUAUGCGAGUGAGAACUAUUUGUCCAUCAAUACGCUCGAGAUGAUUGCAGACCUCAAGUAUCAAUAUCUGGAGUUGCUUGUCUCGAUUGGAUUUGUGCCUGUGAAUGUGCCACGCCGCAGGCCGAAUAGCAGCGACAAUAUACUUCAGCUAACAGGUCACGAGCAGAAUGUGAAUGGCGAGAACAAUCGACUGCUGACAUCGCUGCUCUGUGCAGCUCUCUAUCCGAAUAUUGUGAAGAUCAUGACACCGGAUCGCAUCUAUAUACAGACAGCGGGUGGCGCAGUGCCGCGCGAGCCGGGCCAUCAGGAUUUGCGUUUUAAGACGCGCGGCGAUGGCUAUGUGCGCAUUCAUCCGUCGUCUGUCAACUCUCAGGUCGCUGUCUUCCAGGCACCGUUCCUCGUCUACCAGGAGAAGGUGUGCACCAGUUCCAUUUACAUACGCGACUGCUCGAUGCUGCCACUGAUUGCUUUGGUCCUUUUUGCCGGAUCCGAUUUCAAGGUGGAACUGCAUGAUGGAGAUUUCCUAUUUCUACUGGAGAGCGGCUGGAUCAUAUUGAAGGCGCACAACCACGAGACGGCGGAGCUGGUCCAAUGUCUGCGCACCGAACUGAUCAAGCUGCUCGAAGAGAAGAUACGUGAUCCAUGCCUCAAUUUGUUGCACCACAAAAACGGCUGCAAGAUCAUUGCGAACAUUACACACCUCAUAAGCAACAAUUAUUAAAGUCUAAUGCAUUAGCCGCUCAUUGGUCAACAUUGUCUUUCUGUAUCACAUCAGUCAAGCCAAUAGAAAAUUAAGCCAAUUUAUAGAAUCAAAACUUGUUUAUAUUUUAUAAUGCGAUUACAAGACGAUUAAACAAAUUUAUACAGCC